GUUCCCUGCAAUAAAGUCAAAAAAUGUAAAAAUGGAGGAAAAACAAUCAUUGAUCUCAAAAAUGGACCUGGCUCAGAUCUUUACACAUGCGAAUGUCCCAAGGAAUACCAAGGCGAUCUUUGUAGCAAAUUUGGUAAGAUAUAUAAAGAAGUUGUAAAUUUAAAUCUGCUUAAAAAUCUUUGAGUUAAUUCUCAAUUGACCAAGAAGAAGUCGUUGUUGAUGUGAUAAUGGAAUUUUCGACUGGUAAUUUAUACACAUUAGUAGACCUCAGUAACCGAGAACAGAUGCGAAACGAACCAGCGGCCCUGGGAUUCCGAUGCAUCGCUCUACCCAACUGAGCUGCAGAGGCCAGUUGCCGAGCUCUAACCACAAGUUCAUGUAUAUACUAGGGUACUGCCAUUUAUAGAUUGUGAGUACAUACGAUGAUUUUUUGUGGGUAUCUCACUUGAUUGAAUAAUAUUUGAUUGGUAAAGAUGGAAAUUUUUGUACAAUUAUUAGACCUAAGGUUCCUGUUAGGGAGCUGAAGUUGUACUUUUCAGCUGUUCCUAGUUAGGCAUAAUAAAUGAAUAAAUUUCCACUCGGCAAUUUCCAUCUAUAAUACCCAUCAAAUUCAAUCGAGUUAGAUGCCAACAAAAUAUCUUGAUAUUUACCCAUAACCUAACAUGGCAGUACCCUAGUAUAUAUACAUAAACUUGUGGUUGGAGAAUGACAACUGCCCUCUGCAACUCAUUUGGUUAGAGCACUUCACCGAAAUCGCAAGGGCCGCAGGUUCAAUUCCUGCCAGAGGACCUAAAGUUGCUGUUCCUGGUUAUAGGUCUAAUAAAUGUAUAUAUAAAUUUCCACUCGACUAUUUUCAUCUAUAAUACCGAUCAAAUAUUUUUCAAUCGAGUGAGAGGCGAACAAUAAGUGCUAGUUAAAACAUGAGCAGCCGAUCUUUAUCUGAUAUGCAAACUCGAGCCGAAGACGACAGUUUAUAUAUCAUAUAAAUAUCGGAUGCGAAUGUUUUAACGUGCUUAAAAAACGACCCACCUUAUGAGUUAAUUGGCGAAGCAGUUUUAAUUUAAAGUGGCACUCGCGUCAACGAGAAUGCUCUUAAAGAUGUUUUAGUUCUUGAGAUAUUUCAUUUUGUUUGCAACCGUGUGACGUCAUUUACGCAAUUACAUAUAUAAUGAGAUAUCAAGUAAUUGUUGUGUAUCUUUGCUAUUUCUUAUCAAAAUCUUUCCAAAGAUGCGGCGCGUUUGUUAAUUUAACCUACAUUAUUAAGCAUACUGUUUUUUUUAAACAAAUCCAUAAAAAAUAGCAAAGAUACACAACAUUUACUAAUAUCUCAUUAUAUAUGUAAAUGACGUCAGAUGGUUAGAAACAAAAUAAAAUAUCUCAAGAACUAAGCAUGGGAACAAAAAUCUUCAAAACAAGUUACUAUACAGUUUAAGGUGGCUCCCUAGGGUUUUAUUUCCGGGGGUUACGUUCUUCGUAUCAAAUGUAAACUAAAACUCGUGUGACUUCAAAAUACGAACGAACGUUGUGUUUUAUAUGGAACUCUUUUUUGAAACAAAAGUGUGAACUUUGCUUUAGUUAAAAGCAUAAAAAGAGUUCUAAAAGCCAAAAUGAUACUUGGAUGUGAUGUUUCAAAAGAAAAUAAUGUAAACUUGUUUUUCAAGCGGUAUUCUGGAAGUUUUUUGAACCGCCGUACGCGAGGUUCGAUCGCGAACAUUGGGAUAUGAUAUAAAGUUUCCUCAAGAAUUUGCAGUGUUUUCUCCACAGUUUAGCAGCACUUAUGACAAUAAAGAUGACUUAAAUAAUGAGCCCUCUACGGGUGAAAUGAGCAGGGCCGAAACUCCAAACAUUCCACUAUGAAAACUGAAAUUUGAACGGGCAUUUUGCGAAAACUUCCGACGAUAGUACUAUAAACUCGCACGGGACGAAUUUUGACAAACAUUUUUCAAAUUAAUACCAAGAAGUCAUAACCAGUAAUUACCUAAAUUUCUCUGCCAAUUUUGCAUGUAUAAUCCACGCUUAGUUGGCCAUUAACCGACACAGUUAUAAACAGUAUAUCAAACAAAAUUUAUUUUUUGUGAUUUCAAAAAAGUCAUGCCUUGUUGUUUUAUGCAGAAUGCAUGUACACGUCAGUUGGGGUAUUAAAUUGUUCGCGUAAAAAUCCGUAAAAAUUGCCAAAAUUAAACCCAAAUUUCUCUGUUUUCCUUCGGUAAAAUUUUUUAAAACUUUGCACAUUUUUUAUAUCGGCACAACAAGUGCAAUAUCCUUUUUUCUUAAAAUUAAAUCGAAGGGAAAAUUUUUAAUAUUGAUUUUUGACGUUUUUUAAAUUUUCUAAGAAACUUAUCGAUUUAAUUUUUUUAAAUUGAAGGGGAAAAAUCAUUAUACAAGUAUUAUCUUUUAUGCAAAGUUUCAAAAAAUUUCAGCGAAGGGAAUUUUUAAAAUGACCUGAAAAAGAUAAAUUUUGAGCGUUAUUCUAAGCAUGCUGUUGCCAUGACAACAUACUUUUAACACAAAAGCAGAAAUUUGCAAUGUUUAGGAGAACAUUGUCAAUGUGUCCAAGAAAUUUCGUUUUUAUGUCAUGUAAAGUAAAGAAACAGGAGUCUCCUGAAUACUAUAGUGUAGUAAAUUAAAAAACCCUAGGGAGCCACCUUAAGAGCAUUUUCGUUUAAGAAAAUUACAAAUUUGACGCAAUAACAAAUUUUUUAAAAUAAACAGUGUCUAAGCCGACAAAAUCAAAGCUGAAGUUUAUGUAAAUCAGGACAAAUCUUUAUCCUAUUUACAAACGUUGAUUUAAAAUUAAUUUCUUUUGUAUUUUCCUCAUGAAUUAUUAAUGAGUUUUUUAAAUAUUGAUUUUAACCCAUACCCUAUACAUGGCAGUACGCAAGUAUGUCUUUUUAAAACAUUUUCAGUGAUUGUUAAUUAAUAGAGUCAUGAACUAUUAGCCACUAUUAAAUUGAAUUACUAGAUUUAUUUUCAGUAUUGUUUAAUGUAAUUUGGUUUCAUACUUUAUCUAUUGUUAGAAUUUUUAUAUAGGACGAGGACACAUAAUUAUUGAUAUCAGUAUUAUUGGAAUGUCUUUCCUCGCUAAAUAUUUGUCAUAAAAACUAAAAAUACAUGCCUACAGCAAGGCCUCGCCGAUAUUUUCCCAUCACUGAUUUCACAUAAAGUAUUAGAAAUUAGCCAACAUGUACACAACACUAUGCCAAAUAGCAACAGAGGCGCGCAAGCAUUUCUAAAGUGGAGGGACAUUGACCAAAAGGGACAAUUUUGUAGAUGACCAAAAUCAAACGAUUUUAUGUCGUUCUCGAGCCGAACGAAAAUUUUUGAAAAUGUGUAGUCUCUAUAACUUGGGAAAUGGCCUUUACAAAGUCUUUACUACUGCAAAAAGGUCACUUUCUUUCCAGAAAAAGUUGGGCGUUCAUUCAAGAAAUACUUUUUUCGUUCUUUAAAAUUAAUGGGGCACUUUAGCCCAGAAAAAAGAACAUUUGCAUGCAUACUGCAGGAUUUCAUUUUGCGUUCUGUGAGCUUAGAUUUAAUGUAAAAUAUAUUAUGAAAUGCUUCGUAAUAUGUUUUGAUUAGAAAUGUUCAUUCAACUAAACUGCUUUUUCCAAUAACCUGUUUUUAAUUAACCUAAUAAAAAUGAAUUCAAAUUAUUCUGAGUAAUUUCAGUUUGGUGUUGAAAAUAAUUUGCUCUCAUUUUCCCCUCAAAUUAAACAGGUUUGAACGUAAAUUUGGGAAUUUUCUUCUAUUUUACAAAGGAAAGCAGUGGGUGCAUGUUUUAUGCCAAAAAAAUUCUAAACCGAUUAAACAUUCAAAGCAAACUUGCGCUAUAUUUCACGAUUUCCCAUAGUAAAUCAAUUCUUCUUAUUUCCUCAAUUAUUCUAAAUAUUUGUUUUAGAAAAUUGAAAUCUCCCUUAUCCGACUACUUGCAAACCCAAUACUUCCGAGAUCAGUAGUCCACCCGUGACACACAUUAAUAAUAGCCGCGUGGCUUAUUGAUAAUCUGUAAAUUUCUGUAGAUGCCAACGUUUCUCAUUUCUCCAGGUGAAAAUAGCGUAGAGGAAUUAGUACUCUAGCUCGCAUUGGGCUUCCGCCCUCAGGGAAUAAUAAUAACAAAUUUAUGGCCACUUGAAGGCAUGCAACACAUGCGAAAUAUAUAAUACACGUAUACUUAUCACAAUAACAAACAACCCAAUACAAUUUAAUUAAACAAUCAUAUAUUGGUCUAAAAUUAAAUCGAAAUGUCCUUUGGUUUGCUUUUUCGAUAAUUUAUAGCAUUCAUAUUUUCUAAUCAGAAUCGGUUAAAUUUUCAUGUUAGUUAUUUUUAUCUAAAUUCUAAUUUUUCCUAUCUACAUUUCAAGACACAGAUUACAAUUUUGCCCUCCUAAAACCGACUGUACAAUCUUCAACCUUGCAUCAUUCUGAUGUUGGUAAUUUUUCUUCAAAGUAUGCCGUGGAUGGUAUAAAAGCUGAUAGGUGCAAAACUGGAGUUGCAUUAUGCGCACAUUUAAGUAGUGCCGAGGACCAAUGGUGGCGAGUGGACUUUCAGGUAGGCAAUAGUAUGUACUGAAUGAACUUUGCCGAGCAAUCAAUAGUCCAAAAAGUGAGCAGAUCGUAAACAAAAGAACUCAAAUAGCCGACAUAUUUGAUUGAUAAUGCGCCACCACAAGUUUACAUCAGUAACUUCUCUUUUCUUAGCCAAUGUGCCAGUUCAGAUGAAUUUGUCCGGCUGUUCAAGCCAUUCUUGUUUGCACUGCACGGAAGCGCGACCUGCAUUGAUUCUCCUUCUUGAUUGCAAGCUAGAACUGCUGACGUAAUAAUUAACUGCUAAGGGAGCAUUCAUUUUUUAGCUGGGGGAGGGGGGUGGGCCUGAGCAACUGAUGUCUAAUUUCAUGCUAAAACUUGGAACCCCCGAGAGAAAAGUUGAUAAAAAAUUAUGAUCCCCUAUUUUUUUACUGAAAAUUUUUUUGACCCCUCAUCCUAACUAUUAAUAAAUGGGCGAAGGCGUAUUUAAUUAACUAUAUAUUGGAUAACUAGGAUAAGUUGCAGGAAACUGUGGAUAAUAUCUUCAUUCUUUGCAGUUUGUCAUUGAUAAUGUAGCCGCUUAAAAUUAAUAAAGCUUAAAAUUGAUAAAGUCUGCAGGAUUUUGAAAAUAUAUAUAUAUAUAUAUAUAUAUAUAUAUAUAUAUAUAUAUAUAUAUAUAUAUAUAUAUAUAUAUAUAUAUAUAUAUAUAUAUAUAUAUAUGUUUCAGGUAUAUAUAUAUAUAUAUAUGUUUCAGGUAUAAUCUAAAAUUAUUCCGAGAAAUCACAGUUUGUAAAGCCUGCAUCCUCAGUCAAUAAGUUUUUCCUAAAUAUAUUGGUUAUCAUGCAUGCACUCAUUGACAAUGUGGAUGGUACAACUGAAACGAAAGCAAGGGGCCAAUCAAGGGGUGAAAAAAGGCGUGGAUGGUGCAGCAUCAUAUUUCAAUUCUUUUUUUAAAAAAAGCUCAUAUUAACUUGAAACCGAAUAUCGAAACAAAUUCAUUUGGCAGUCAAAUAAUGUUAUAUAUAUGAUAGAAUCGCCGUUAAAAAGUACCAACUGUCAAUAACGUUCCAUGUUUUGAUUAGACAAUCUGGCCCGAGCCCACACCACCCUCUUCUAUCCACGCAAUAUUAAGCGGCAAGAGAUUUUCUUAAUAUCGACGGAAUAAGUCCAUCGUCCAGUGGAAAAUACAACACAAAUUUCACCAUUAAUAUAUUUUGCAUUUGUUCAAAAAUUCUGCCUAGAUUGUCAUACCCGUAGCUCGUGUUAUCAUUACAAACAGAAAAGAUUAUUACAAUGGCUUAUCGGAUUUUGAAAUCAAGAUUGGAAACAGUUUGGAGAACGAAGGACGAAAUAACACAAAAUGUGGAGGUCGACAUUCAGUACCACAUGCAGAUGCUAAAGAAAUUUCCUGUUCACCACCAUUGACUGGAAGAUAUCUAGUCAUUCAAUCGUUCUCUUCUCUACGUUUAGUGAUGAUCGAGGUCGAAGUAUUUGCUGCAGGAUUGCAAGUGGAAUAA